AAAUCAACGCUGUUCUUCCGCGCUGCGGCCAGAUGCCAGGGGGUAUGGAAGGGAGGGGUUAUGAUUGGCUGAAGUGGGUUUGUUGCCUUGGCGACGGAGAGGGGUUUGGUAGCGUUGCUGUGCGGCGUGAUCUGCGCGUUGCGUGUAUGAGGAAGCAGCUGCGGAUGUGAUCUCCGACACUGUGAGAAACUGAGACAGACACCUGAACACACGAUUCCAGCCACACUGCUAUUUUACAGGAACCGCGUGCAUGAUUCCUCCCCAUGAGUUGGCCUGCACUCAAUGCAAUAUAUAUCUGGAUGGACGUUGAGUCCAAUCCUCAAUCACUCACAUGCAGAUUGUCCCACGCUGCAAUUUUGCCAGUUGAAAUGGAGCGUGGUCUUUGACAAUGCAUUAUGGGACAGCGACACAGCUCACUGGUGAUGGAAGAAGUCACCACAGCAACUCUGAAGAAGACCCUCGUCAUAUAUUGGAACAUAUCAGCACAUCCCUGGACAUUCAAUGGGUUUAGUGUCAAAUUGCCUUUGGAGUAGCUACAGACCUCCCUGGUUUAAUGGGUCCAAUCAUCGGGAUGUCGCCGGAUAAGAAAGCGGAAACGCCGGGGAUGCAGGGGGAAAGGGUGGGACUUAGGGGUUUGUGUGGGGGGGCGGGGACUCUCCCAGAGGCAGUGUGCGGUGCAGCCAGCCCAUUGGCCACCAGUCUGGACCGGGGUUCCGUUGGUUCCGGGGGCUCUGAGGAUGAGGAGCUCACCAACCUCAACUGGCUCCAUGAGAACCUGCUCCAGAACUUUACGCUAGGGGGGGCCGGCGAGGCCGGGGCCCAACACAGUGCCAGCCCCCUCUUUGACAUUGAGGGCAACACCGGAGCCCUUCAGAACCCCCCCUCUUCAUCCUCUGCCUCCUUGUCACAGAGGGAUUCGUUGAAGUCCAAGCCUCCCUUCUCAUUCUCUCUGUUGAUCUACAUGGCCAUAGAGCAGAGCCCCAGUAAGAGCCUGCCAGUGAAGGACAUCUAUGGUUGGAUCGUACAGCACUUCCCUUACUUCUCCUCGGCCCCCACCGGCUGGAAGAACAGCGUCAGACACAACCUGUCACUCAACAAGUGUUUCCGUAAGGUGGAGAGGAGCCUGGGAAAGCUGAAUGGUAAGGGUUCUCUGUGGUGUGUGGACCCAGAGUACAGGCCCAACCUGAUCCAGGCGCUCAAGAAGCAGCACUUCCCUGCAGCACAUGCCUUCUGCACACCGCCUGCCUCCCCACCGCCUGCCUCCUCACCGCCUGCCACCUCACCCCAUAGACAUCUCUUCCUGCAGGGCUGCUCUCUGAAAGAGUCUGACAUAGAUGCUGCCACUGCCAUGAUGCUCUUAAACACCGCCCCUGGCCAUCACCAUGCCAAUCCAUGUGAUCCAGAGAGUCCCUUGGACCUGUCCCGGCCAGACUUGGUCCUGGUGAGCAGCGAUCCUAACCAGGACCACAACUACAGCAGUAUGGCCCUGCAGCGCUGCUCCUCCCGCUCCUCCUCCUCCUCCCUCGACGAUGGAGGCCCCUCCCCUGGCCAUGCCCACCACAGGCCCCGUACAUGCCGCGCCGGCAGUGAGGGUUUCCAUAGUGACGAGGACGACUCCGACCUCGGGGACCGGGACGAGAGAGGCGGCCGCCCCCGGCCUGCUCCUCGCCGCUCCUCCUCCUCUUCGGUGAAGCACCCAGCGGGUAAGAGGGCCCGUAGGGAGCUGACAGCCAACCCAGAGCUGGAUGAGGAGCUGAAGGAGGCGGCCGGGUCUCUGCUCCACCUGGCUGGGAUCCGUACCUCCAUGGACGUUAACAAACGGAGUGCCAAGAGCAAAAAACUGAACAGGAAAUGAGGUUGGCAUACUUUCCUGCCCUUGCCCUCAGACUCCUGCCCCUGUAACCCCUGACCCCUGAUCUGAUCAUGUGUCUUGGUUGUGCCUCUUUUUCUGGUUGCUGAUUUUUAAGCCUGUUUUUGGUUUGACACAUGAUGGGAUAUCCCUCACUAUCCAACACAACAAAUGGCAAUAGUAUCAUUGACACAGGAGAACAAAGCCAUAUUGAGACUUUUGAAACGGGGGUGUGUCAGGGUAAAACAGGGGUGUUUGAGGACUACUGAGAAGAACCAUCACAAAACUGCUUGUUGUUUCUGAUGGCUUCGCUGCAGAUCCUUACAACUCAAAUAAUGUUUUGAGGGAUAAGACGGGAAAAGCUGACACUUUUUAUAACUCAAAGCGUUGCAUGCUUCCUCAACUUGUAUCCUCUUCCAAGUGAACCUAUUUCUAUGAGUGCAUGUCUCUAACAAACUAACCUCUCCUCAUGUUGAAGUCAGUUUCUCCGUGCUGAAGAUACCACUGUUUUUUGAUAGGUGACAUCCUUGGUCUGGAAAACCUUCCAAAGAGAUGCAAUAACUUAAACCACUUUUUGUAUUUUUCCUGGGUUGAUGAUGGUACUGCUGUUUAAAAACAACAGAUUAAAGUAGUGCGGCUGAUCGUAAACAUCCUUCCACGGAGUGGAACGCUGGACUGGGUCCAUGUCAGGGUUUAAUAGCAGGGAAUGGAAACGUAACCAACGGAAUGUUGGAACUCUGCUACUGCGAUGGUGGGCAGGGAAAUAAAAUAAAGGUGUCCGACUGCUAGAUUAGGAAGAGUCCACUCUAGUCCUACUCUGAGAGAAACAUCAUUACAUCUAGAUCAGGAAGAGUCCACUCUAGUCCUACUCUGAGAGAAACAUCAUUACAUCUAGAUCAGGAAGAGUCCACUCUAGUCCUACUCUGAGAGAAACAGAAUUACAUCUUCGCAUUAGAACCUACUCCUCUUCAUCGCUCUUCCUCUCCUGACCCCUCUAAUUCUGUCAUACAUUGUGUUUAGUGUGUAAACUGAGAAAUACAUUUAAUAUAUUCUAUCCUGUCUUGUCCUAUUAUGUCUUGUUCUAUCCUAUGCAAAGUGUAGUGUAGACUAAUCUGGCUGAAACUAAGCAAAUGUUGUUGUAACCAUAGUGAUACCAAGACAAUGCGCUUGGCAUGAGGGCACUCACUGGCAGAUGUGCUGCUCAGUUUUCAAUCAUGUAAUACUAGUCACACCUACUCGAACGUUAGUAUUCAGGCCAAAGGGAAGUUAAAACAAAGAUGUUAUAAUAAUGUUGUUGUGAGGUUAGAUGGGCAAUGUGAGAGACUUAUUGUACUACUGCCCCUCCUGAAUGGUGUUGGCUGACCCUGUGGCAGAGUUCAGACUGUGGUGACAGAAAGAUGCUUUGCUUCGUUUUGUUCCCCAUUAAGAAAACACGGAGGGCAAAAUCAGGAAGUGCACCACUCUUCUCUACACUGUACAGUAAUGUGUUUAGGGCCAGUUGAUUACAUCGAGUUCAGUGACGGAAAGUACAGGAUGUGGAAACAGAACUUGUGUAGUGAUGAGGCCAGACUGAUGCUCUUUGGGGCUUGCGUGUAUUAACUUGCAUUAGUAAGCAAAAUGCCAAUAUGCCCAUAUGAUUAGAAUAGCUUUUAGUUGGUGCACUGCAGUACAGUGUACUGUCCUCUGUCAUGAGCCAACUUAAGUGCAAGUUAGGUUUCCACUUGUGUUGUAUCACAGGAAAUGUUAAAUUAAGUCACGUUAGUAAGUAUAGAUUGUAUGCAGUGCCAAACAUGAAUGUGUCACAGAAGUGGAACUACCAAGGCCAUUGCAACCAUCUUCCUCUUCUCACAGCAUUUGUGACUGACAGUAAUGUUGUUGCCCCUGUUUUUUAGAAGCCUGCCAACAGGAAAUGUAGGAGAACUCUGACCUAGUCUGAUAUUCAGUUUAUUUUGGUUGUUCUGGAAUGGGAAUCGCCGUAUUCUUUGAAAGGGGAUUUUGUUCUUAGAACUAAACUGCAGUUCUCCUAAAUAAGAUGGACAUGGAAUACACUGGUCUUAGCUGGCUGUGAAUAAACAAAGAACAAAUGAAUGGUGUCCAUUAAAUGUAUAAUUAAUUUAUAAUGGACUAUUGAAAGGAACUUCUAUCAAAUAAAGGUAAUUUGAAGUGAGUGGAAAUGUUACUUCCUCUCUCCCUUCUGGAAAAUCCUUUUGAGACUUUUGAGUUUUAUUUUCUAAAUGAUAUUUUACUGCCAUAGACCACUAUUUUCACUAUGUGUUAUAGUGAUAGUGUGUCUGAGAAAGUACUGUAUAUGGCCAAUGUAUAUUGUCUUUCGAGCGGGUGUUUUAAUUUAACCAUGACUGCCAAGUUUUCCAAUGUUUUGUUGUUGGAUAAAAGACUAUUGAUUAACAUGGAUUCUGAACCAUUUUUUUUUUUGUGCCAACUGUGAUGUACAGAGAAGCAAAGGUAGACACUUCAGAUGGCAUUCCCUAUCUUGAUAGGGAAAGUUGAUUUAAUCAUCAUAAAGGUGCUGAAGUUUAUCUGAAUUUGUACUGUUUAUGUUUAGAUAAUAUUCUGACUGCCCUAAGUAGUCACGCCAUAGAUAUUAGUUGGCACCCCCUCUCCAUGUUAGGAUCCUGCCACCAUAGAUGUUGCCUACACUUACUGAAACUAAAAACCCACAUUUGAGGGUUGCCCUGGUGUUAGUCUUGGUACCCCCAUGGACUUCUGUUUAAACUUAGAUAGGACAACUUCCAGUAACUUGUUCAUGCUGUUGCUAGAAGAAAGCUCUUAUCAGACUCAACAUGAAGAUGAUCCUGAGUCUCUCAGUAAGUUUUUUUUAAUAUACUGAACAAAAAUGCAACAAGCAUUUUUACUGAGUUUGUUUAUAAGGAAAUCAGUUAAAAUAAAUCAAUUAGGCGCUAAUUUAUGGCUUUCACAAGGGUACAGCCAUGGGUGAGCCUGGGCGCCAGACCCAGCAAAUCCGAAUGAGUUUCUCCACAAAAAGGGCUUUAUUACAGACAGAAAUAUUCCUCAGCAUCUUAGACUAAUAAACACGAUGAGGCACCCUAGGGGUCUGUAUCGUCACCAAUGAUGUUCACUUGACAUGGUGACAGAUUAUGCUAAACUCAAAGCUACAUACAUAGGAUGCUUCAUUGUUUGAAAAUGUGUUGUAUUGAUUAUGCGUUUUUAUUUUCUUAGUUGCAAUUUAUUGAUGAUAAAGCGUUUUGUCGCAUUGAACUAACUAAAGCUGCCGACCCAGUAUCCUUCAGUCGUCUGCCAUGUCUGUUAGGCAGACCUUUUGGUUUUUGUAUGCUAACCUCUUAAUAAAAUGUUUCUAAAGUUUAUUUUCACCAAAGAUAUGCAAUUUGCAUUAUAUAUGGUAUUACAAAAUAAAUAAAAUCUUGUUUUAUUUUUGG